CCACCAUGGACUUGAGUAAGCCCACAGAUAACAUAGAAAAAGAGGCUCCCAGGCAAUUAAACGCGCUUGUUCUCCAUGAUGUUAAAACAAGAAUCAACAAUGUUCUUUCGGGAGAUAUGACCGAAUUUCUCGAGCACCAGCUGAAAAGCUAUCUUACCCUGCGGGAAACAUUUCGCAGUUUGGCUAUCACGGACGCACAAGACAAUACAUGUUUGAAUGACGAGCCGACUGCACCGGCAGAUUUGAGAGUUCCGGAUUCUAUCAAAUGCCGUUGUCCUCCGGCCAUUAGGCGCAGCUGUGGUACAAGCAGCAGCAGCAGCACAGACAGAUCUAUCCGAAGAUGGAGAAGUGCCCCUUUUAUCAGCCACUAUCGAAGGGCUUAACCGGUUGGUGGCUAGUGAAAUUAUCUGGGGGAUGAGAAGAAAAGCGAUAUUGGGUUUGAAUUCAGAGCUUGUAAUGAAAGCUGGCUACGACAUUGACAUCAGUCACAUUUUUACCCUGGAUUAUAUUCGACAGCAGGCGCCUUCUAUCCCAACACCAGAGACGCAUGGAAUUCUGCAACAACCGGGUAGUGGGUACCGUUUUAUAUUGAUGUCACGGAUCCCUGUUUCAGUAAAAGAGCAGCUGGACACUAUCUUUGACAAGUUGAGGUCCAUGUUACCACCGCCAACCGAUGAGAAUGAACCCAAUGCAGUGUUUGGUGGUGGGAACCCGCGCCGUUGCAGGGAUGCACGAACACAUAUCCGAGUUGCAGAAUCGCCCAUCAGCAAUGAGAAUGAGUUCAAUCAAUUCUUCACCAAGCACCAGGAGUUCACCCAAACUAAUAACCUUGCUAUGAUAAAAUCAUAUCUUGAGACUGAUCAUAAACUGGUAAUGACCCACGGUGACCUCCAUCCACGAAACAUCAUGUACUGGGAGUAUAUCAAAGCCCUAAACGCUAUUCCUCCCGAUCGUUAUGAUGACUUUGAGAAUUGGUGGGUCUACUUGCCGCCUACGAUUGGUGCUUGGCCCAAAUAG